AUGUCGGACCUAUUGAAGCCUUGGAAGGAGCGCGAGACUGCAUAUAUCGAAGUACAGAAACAAUACAGCAACAGGGAGAGGGAAACCAUGAUCAGUGGACCAAGCCCUGGCUCUAUAUUCAAGAGCGAAUGCGACAUGAUCAAAAGACUUCAGCCUGGCGACAUAGUUGAUACUAUCUAUGAGGAUAUGCUAAAGAAUCAAUCUAAGGACGAAGCAUACCUGUGGGCGAGUAAAGGCAUCUCUGAGGGCGAGGAUUUCCACACAGGUCUCAGCACAACCCUCUCCACGAAAUCGCGGAUAAUUGGAAAGACCCUGUUACUUGAAGGGUUGAACGUGGAUGCUGUCAAUGGUGUUUGUGAGAACUCCCCAUCUUCGGCGAACUGGUUCAUAGCACUCUUCUCCUUUGUGGAAAGGUUUCAGAGGCAGUACACAAGCAGCCAUAAAUCCAUUCCUGAGACCCUCUGGCGGACGUUGGUCCUGGACCAAGAUAUGCUGCAUCAAACUUAUCCCGUGCCCGAUCACUACUACCAACACUUCCAUGACUGGGCCGAGAGCCACCUCGCCUGGUAUAUAUCAACGCACCCAAGCGGCCCAAAACGUUGGUCCGCAGUUGAGGAGAAAUAUGUGGUGCUUCGACGCAAGCUUUGCGACCUAGAUCGCGGCUUCGAGCUCUUGGUCCCGGACUUGGCGAGUAUCAGACAACGACAAAUGGAAGUGCAAGCAGAGCUGGACCGAGAUCCUCUCCUAAAUGUGGGAAUCCGGUUGCUCGAUCUCGCAUUGGACCUCAAGCUUGAGAGCUACCCUCUGUACGCGCGUGAUGGUGACGAAAUCUGGAUAAUCCCAGGCCUAUCAAUGCCGAUCCAACUGAGGCCAAUAACCAAAGGAAGCGAGACGACAUAUCAGCACUUGAGCGCAUGCUACGUCCACGGCAUCAUGCGAGGUGAGUUCAUGGGCCCCGGUUGGGAGGACAGACUGCGCAAAGUUGGGAUUGUUUAA